AUGUGUAGCUGGUUGAGUCCUUUCACUCCUGACUUGGUGGUUGUUCCAGGAGGUGAUACGGCGGGUGGCUCUGGCGCGGCACCUGCGCCUGGCGCUGCAGCUGCCCCCGGCGCGGCUCCUGCCCCUGGUGCGGCCGCUGCCGCGGGAGCGGGGGCGUCGCCUGCCCCCACUGCUGUCGGUCCAGUCAUCAACAACACCGCCAAUAUAAAACUAUACGAGGAAGGUCCUAUUUUUUAA